UCUUCGAAAGUCCAGCCGGCCGCAAAUAAUUCACUCGGGCUACUUACUACCAACCCUAGAUGGCCAUCCUAAUGAGACGUCUGCGAGACGAACUUCGCUUGCUAGGAUAAGCCUAUAUAUACAGCCCACCCUCUACCUUCCCGCUUCAUUGCGUCAAACAUCAUCCGACCUAAGUCAUUAGGACUACAUCAUUGACAUUCAAUUCUAAUUCCAAAAAGGUCUCGACCAUGCCUGUCUACAAGCUUUUAAUUGCUUCCGUCUUAAUCUCAGUCCUUCUUCUUCAACUCGCCGAAGCUGACCAGAUGACGCAGGGAGUUGUAAAUGCAGGAGACAAUUCGAUGCCUCCAAAAAUGGACUGUGGUGGAGCGUGUGCUGCCAGGUGUCAGCUGUCAUCAAGGCCUCGCCUUUGCCAGAGGGCUUGCGGGACGUGCUGCGCCCGUUGCAACUGCGUCCCUCCAGGCACCUCCGGCAACCUCGACGUCUGUCCGUGUUAUGCCAACAUGACCACCCGCGACAACAAGCGCAAGUGCCCAUGAGACGCUCGGUGGGCUUUCUUUUCUUUUUCGAUGGUCGGACAACGAUCGCUCAAGCUUGUGCAAUUGCUGCUAAUUAUUGGAAGGACGUUGUUGUUAUUGUUAACUUUCAUGGAGCUUGUCAAUAAGUGGUUUUCGCAAAUGCAAAUUCACAAUGUGUUUAUCUGUUGUAUCUAUCAUGAAUAAAUUCUUUUUUAUUUUUCUUUCUUUC